AUGGCCCCCAACAAUAUCCUCCGGGCGACAAUGCCCAUCCGGUCAAUCGCAUCCCCAAUGGCCAUCCGAUCAACAAUUCUCCCCUCAAUCACCCAGAGCCUCCGAUCAGCCUCUACAACCUCCACACAAAAGUCCACAGCUCCUUCACUAGACCCCGCACAGAACCUCCAGCCACCCGCCCUGCUCCGCAACUACGCCUACCGCCUGAAGACCGGCACCGUCGAGUCAGUCGGCCGCAUGGACCGCACCGUCCGCGUAACUCACCGCCACAGCACCUGGGACAAGCACAUUGGAAAAUUCUACCCCAAAGAAACCCGGUACCUGGUUUCUGACCCGCUUAACUCGCUGCGCGAGGGCGACGUUAUCGAGUUCUCGUCUGGUGCGCCUAAGAGCCGUCACGUUCACCACGUUGUUGAGCGGAUCAUUACUCCCUUUGCGGUGCCUCUUGAGGAGCGACCGGCUGUGAUGUCGCGUGAGCAGCGGGAGCAGGAGCGGGAACGUCGCUGGGCGCAGAAGUAUUUGCGUCGGGAGUCGCGUCGGCAGGGUGAGGAGAUCGAUUUGGUUGCGAGGGCUGCGAGUGUUAUUGGUGAGGAGGCACAGACUCUUUCGACGGCGCAGUUGAUUCACCGGAUUCAUGCUGGUCAGGAGCGUGUGGGCAAGUUGAAGAAAUUGGUUCUUGAGCGGACGGCUGAACGUCCAGUUGAGGUGAAGGAGGAGUAA